AUGCCUACAACUCCAACUCCCACAACUUCAACUCCUACAACUACACCUUCUACAACUACACCUUCUACAACUACACCUUCUACAACUACAACUCCUACAACCACAACUCCUCCAUAUCUGAAUGAUACGACAGAUAUAAUUAGAGACAAUAUUGUUAGCUACACCUACGAUAUGAAAAAGCAAGCCAAUAUUAUGCAUUUGAGUCGAUUUGCUGCCAAUCAUAGUUUUUAUCGGCUAACAAACCAUUCCCUGGAGGAACAUUUCAGUUGCGGCUAUAAAACAAUUUCCAAGAACUCACAAGGAAGAUAUGAAAAGAAUAGUAUCAACAAAGAAAUUGAGAUUCCCAUAACAAAUGGAGCUGCACUACCCUCCAAUACUGAGGCGAUAAUUACAAGUUGUAGAACCUCAAAGGGCAAAGUGCUUCAAAUAGAUCCACAGACCUUUGUAAAUUUGAAAAAUCAAACUAAACGGCAGACCUCUAAAAAAAAACGACCUAAUGUUUUGAUGAUCGGUUUCAAUGGAAUGACCCAGACAAUGUUUUCAUCUGCUUUUAAGGAAAUUAAUUUGGAACGCUGGUUUAAACUUCAAAAGUUCAGAAGAAUUGGCGAAAACUAUACCUAUAAUUUGAUGGCAUUAGCCUCGGGAUAUAGUCCCAGUGCCAUUACCAAUUUAGAGUCCACGGCCUCUGUACCUUUUAUUUGGAAACAAUACGCAAGCCAGGGUUAUGUAACGGCCUUAGGAGAGGACAUUUCCUUCAUCAGAGACUUGUCUUUGGAUUUUAAAGAACAACCCGUGGACUACUACCUCAGGCCCUUCUUGCAAGGAAUUGCCGACAGUGUGGAGCUACGGCAUAACACUCCGGGUAUAGAGAAAUCACUAACAUCAGACUAUGUCUUGGACUAUGGUGAGAAGCUCUUAAAGAUGCCCGACACCGGCUAUCAGUAUCAGCUCAGAUGA